AUGUAAAAAGAACUAGAAAUCCAAGCAGUAAUAGGUUUUACAGGCAAAGUAAAUUAAGGUUUAAUACUUCAUCCUGAUAAUGAACAUUUAAUAUAUCCAUUGGGAUCUACAAUAGUAGUACGUCACGUAGUAACUCGAUCAUAAACAUUUUUAAGAGGACAUGAUAAUUUGAUAUCCGUUAUAACUACAUCUAAAUCAGGAAAAUACAUAGCUUCAGGUUAAAAAACAUUUAUGGGUUUCUAAGCUGAUAUAAUAAUUUGGGAUUUUGAAACUCGUUCAAUGAUGCAUAGAUUAAAAUUACAUAAAGUUCUUAUAUAAAGUCUUUCAUUUUCUUUUAAUGAAUAAUUUUUGGCAUCUUAAGGUGGUUAAGAUGAUAAAAAUAUGCUUAUAGUAUGGGAUGUGGAAUAUGGAAAAGCAUUAUAUGGAACUCCUAAUAGAGACCCUGUUAAUCAAGUGAAGUUUUUUAAUAAUUCUGACGAUAAAUUAGUUGCCGUUUUGAAUAGUGGGAUUCAAAUUCUUACUAUAGAUCGUGCUAAUAAAAAAAUUAAAUCUCUUGAUGUAAAUUUCGGUACUAUGAAAAGACAAUUUACAUGCACAGUGAUAGAUCCUACCGAUAGUUAUUGUUAUUGUGGUACUAAAACAGGAGAUGUAUUAGAAGUAAACAUUGAAAGGGCUAUUUUCAAAAGAUUAGGUCCAAUAAAGAAACUUUUUUGUUUAGGAGUUGGUACAUUAGGUAUACUACCUAAUGGUGAUAUUAUAGUAGGCGCAGGAGAUGGUACAUUGGCUAAAUUGUCUAUAUAAUCAAUGACUGUAUUAGCCUAAAGUGAAGUUUUAGGCGCUGUCUCUUCCAUUACAUUUACCGGUGAUUACACUCAUUUUUUCUGUGGAACAGUCCAAUCUAAUAUAUAUUGGGUAAAUACUGAGAAGCUAACCCCGGAAUUGAGAAACACAUGCCAUUACGAAUAAGUAAAUGACAUAGCUUUUCCUUACAACUACUCAGAUGUUUUUGCCACAUGUUCUCAAACUGACAUUAGAAUAUGGAAUGCUAGAAAUAGAUAAGAAUUAUUGAGAAUAUAAGUGCCUAAUUUAGAGUGUAAUUGUGUUUCAUUUAUGUAAGAUGGGAAAUCUAUAAUUUCAGGCUGGAAUGAUGGCAAAAUAAGAGCUUUUUUACCUUAAUCAGGAAAGUUAAUGUAUGUAAUAUCAGAUGCUCAUAUACAUGGAGUUACUGCUUUAUGCCCUACUAGUGAUUGUUAGAGAAUUAUUUCGGGUGGUUCUGAAGGAGAAGUAAGAGUUUGGGUGAUUGGGAAACAGACUUAGGUAAUGAAGGCAUCUAUGAAAGAACAUAGAGGGAGAGUUUGGUCUAUUUAAAUUAAAAAAAAUAAUGAAUAGGCAGUUUCGGCUAGUGCAGAUGGUUCAUGUAUUAUUUGGGAUUUAAAAACUUUUACUAGAUUAAUGUGUUUGUUUGAAUCUACAUUGUUUAAAUAGGUACUUUACCAUCCUGAGGAAAGUUAGUUACUUACUACAGGAUCGGAUAGGAAGAUUUCUUAUUGGGAAAUUUUCGAUGGGUAAGCUAUUAGAAUGUUGGAUGGAUCAGAUGAAGGAGAGGUUAAUGCACUUUCGAUUACUAAAGAAGGCGAGCAUUUUGCUUCUGGAGGUGAAGAUAAAAUUGUUAAAUUAUGGGGAUAUGAUGAGGGAAUUAAUUAUUAUAUUGGUAUUGGACAUUCUGGUGCUAUUACAAGGUUAUAAAUAAGCCCUGAUUAAAAAAAUCUUGUUUCUGUAGGCGCUGAAGGAGCUAUUUUUAUUUGGAAAAUACCAGAAGAAAUUGUAAAUGCAAGAGCUGAUAAUGAAUUACCUACUAUUUCUAAAGAAAAGCAUAAUGAUAAUGUUAAUAUGAAUAAUUCAAAUACAUAAAAAUAAUAUUCUGAGGUUUCUUCUGGGCGUUGA